AUGUCAUCAUCUUCAUCCGAUGAAGUCGAUGCAAGAUUGGACGAAAUUUGUGAUGAAUACGUGGAAGAAAUAUACAACGACAUAGUGGAGACCCAAACCAUACCACAAAGGACACGUCAGUAUGUUGAACGACACCGCGAAGGAGGACAAGACCAGUUAUGGAAUGACUAUUUCAGCGAAGAUCCGACAUUCUCGACUGCAAUUUUCAGACGCCGUUUUCGCAUGAAUAAGAAUUUAUUCUUGCGUCUUGUUCAUGGCCUAGAAGAGUACUUUCCAUUCUUCCAGCAAAGAAGAGAUGCAACCGGGAGAUGGAGUCUUACGGCACUACAAAAAUGUACUGCUGCUAUUCGACUGCUUGCUUAUGGUAAUGCGGCUGACACCGUUGAUGAAUAUCUCCGACUUGCUGAGACCACUGCACUUUCGUGUUUACAUAAUUUCACAGACGGAAUUAUACAAUUAUUGGAAAUGAGUAUCUACGACGACCCACACCGGAGGAUCUCCAACGGCUAUUAG